AUGGCUGCCUUCAAAAAGAAAAAUGGUUAUGCAUUUAGUAAGACUCAACUUAAAAACAAAUGGGAUGGUGCUAAAAAAGACUGGAGGAUUUGGAAAAAAUUAAUUUCUGAAACCGGUGUAGGAUGGAAUAGUGAUCUUGGAACUAUUAGUGCUAGUGAUGAAUGGUGGGCGAAAAAAGCUCAGGAAAUCAGAGAUUCCAAAAAGUUUAGACAUUCUGGGAUUGAACCAUCACUUUGUAGUAAGUUUGAUUUAAUGUUCAACAAUGUUGUGGCGACUAGACAUUAUGUUUGGACACCAUCUUCUGAAUCUUUAUUUGAUGAUGAUGUUGCCGGUCAAAGCACUCUGAAUGGUAAUGUUAAUGAAGAAGAAAAUUUGAAGGAAGGGAAUGGAGAUUCAGAGGAGGAUGUUAUUUCUAAUUUCACUGAUGAUGUUUGCAAUUUAGUUGCUGGUGUGAAUAUGAGAAAUAACAGUACUACAAAUAGCAGUGGAAAGAAAAAAGUAAGAGAAUAA